AUGGCGGUUAUUAUACGUCACAAAAGUCACGUGAUGUCUAACUUAGUUGGAUAUGAAAGUAAAUAUUAUACCGUGGAUAUUAUUAUUGUUGUGUAUAUACACAGUUGCACUACAGAAUAUCCUAACCAAAACAUUGUGGAAGAGUUCAACUUCAUAAAACAAAGAAACAAAGGCGACAAACUGUAUCCCCCAAACUGGGAAGAUUUAGACAAAAGGCCUUUACCAGUUUGGUAUGACAGUGCUAAAAUAGGAAUUUUUGUUGUUUGGGGAGUCUACUCCGUUCCUAGUGUGUAUGACGAAUGGUUUUGGUAUUUCUGGAAGGGACAGAAGAUCCCAAAGUAUGUAGAGUUCAUGAAAAAAAACUACAGACCCGGUUUCACAUACCCAGACUUUGCCUCCAUGUUAACAGCUGAAUUUUUAGAUACUGAUGAAUGGGCAACACUCUUUAAGUCAUCCGGUGCGGAGUAUGUGGUAUUUACGACUAAACACCACGAAGGUUUUACAAUGUGGCCAUCUAAUUACUCUUUUAAUUGGAAUUCGAUGGCAGUCGGCCCAAAAAGGGAUAUAGUAGGUACGUUAGUUUCAUCUGCAGAAAGUAAUGGAAUUACACUAUUUUGUUCCGUUGAUAAGAAUUUAAUUUUUAAAUUUAAUCCGAUGUUUCUGCUAGAUAAAGCAAAUAAUUUUAAAACGCAAGAAUUUGUUAGAACUAAAACUAUGCCUGAACUUUAUGAGUUAGUCAAUAAUUACAAACCUGACCUAAUAUGGUCUGAUGGAAGUGCUCGGCAACAUUCCUCAUAUUGGAAUUCUACAGAAUUUCUGGCUUGGUUGUAUAACUACAGUCCAGUUAGAGAUGAAGUUGUUACUAACGACAGAUGGGGCAUUGAUACAGUAUGUAAACAUGGAGGUUUCCUCACUUGUUCAGAUAGGUUUAAUCCAGGAAAGCUUCAGAAAAAAAAGUGGGAGAAUGCCAUGACCAUUGAUAAACAGUCUUGGGGAUUUCGAAGAAAUGCAAAAAUUGACGAAUUCCUCACUAUAGAAGAACUUAUUGCUACCGUUGUUAAAACCGUUAGUUGUGGUGGAAAUAUCUUAAUUAAUGUAGCUCCAUCAUACGAUGGUACUAUACAGCCAGUGUUCCAAGAAAGAUUGAAACAAAUGGGUAGUUGGCUGCAAGUCAAUUCUGACGCCAUAUACAGCUCCUUUCCAUGGAAAUAUCAAAAUGAUACCUUCACUCCUCGAGUUUGGUAUACUGAACAGCAAAUAAAGACCACCAACGCCGUUUAUGCUAUGACUCUAGAUUGGCCAGAAAAAUAUUUAUAUCUGCAGUCUCCAAUUCCAGUCAAGGACAAGACAUUUGUAUAUCUCCUUGGAACAGAAGGUCAACUUGGGUGGACAGCCUCGCCACAAGGAGGAAUCAAUAUAACUAUUCCGUAUAUACCGUAUUCCAAAAUGCCAUGUCGUUGGGCAUGGGUGUUUAGAUUAGAAGGUUUGCAAAACGGUUGAUAGUGUACAUGUCUUUGAAAAGUAAUCUAUUUUUUUAAGUUAUCGACCAACUGAUUCAUUCUUAACUAGUUAUAUAUUUAUAUUGUAUAUUUCACUAAUGAGUAUAUGUUUACAAUGUCAGCUAAUGCUUUUUAUACAAAAAAAUUCAAUUUAUUACAUUUAGACAAUGCUUUUAACUCUCAAAUGUGUUUAAGCAAUGAUAAAAACAAACUAGAUAUGACAUUAGAAAAGAGUUACAAGUACUAUUCCAACGUACAAGCUCGUUAGAUUUUUGUUCUCAUUUCUGGCUUAUUCAAUAUGACUUAUUUUUUGUUUCUUUUUUUGUUAUAAAUCAGGCUGUUGUA